AUGGCCGUCUCUAUUCCGCACUCGCUCAAGGAGAAGCUUCUCCGCAAUGAGGUGGCAUCCACGCUCAGUGUCAAGCUGGUCAAGUCAGUUGAGCUUCCCAUGAUGGCCAAGACCGCUGGCUUCGACGGCAUCCUCGUCGACAUGGAGCACUCCUCUUUCGACCUCGAGACAACUUCCCAACUCUGCACUGCUGCGCUAUAUGCCGGCAUCUCGCCUAUUGUCCGUGCUCCUAGCAAAGACCCCUUCUUCGUCUCGAGAAUCCUGGAUGGUGGCGCUCUUGGCGUCAUUGUACCGCAUAUCCGGAGCGUGCAGGAUGCCCAAGAUGUCGUAGCUGCAGCAAAGUUCCAGCCCAUCGGCACCCGCUCAUCGACCAAUGGGCUGCCUCACUUCCAGUUCCGUUCGAUUGCCGCCAAGAUCUCUAACCCAGUCAUAAACGACGCAACUCUCGUUAUUCCCAUGAUUGAGACUUUGGAGGCCCUCGAACUUGUGGAUGAGAUUGCGGCGUUGGAGGGUGUUGACUCCCUUCUCAUUGGCACCAACGACUUGACGGCUGAAAUGGGUAUUCCUGGCGACUACGAAAAUCCCAGGCUGACGGAGGCUUACCAACGUACGAUCGAUGCUUGUAACAAGCACGGCAAGUGGGUUGGAGUCGGUGGCCUCCAUUCACGUCUGGAUUUGGUUGAGAAGUUCUGCGAAAUGGGAGCGCGCUGGGUCAUGGCUGCCACCGAUGGCCCCUUACUCAUUGCUGGUGCAACCAAGAGGGCUACAGAGAUGGCCAGCUUGAGCGCCAGAGCGACAGCGAAUAAGGCGAAUGGGAUCAAUACGAAUGGAACUAAGACGAAUGGGACUUCGUAG